AUGAGCCACUCCAACGGCCAUCAAGCGUCCGGCUCCAAUCGGCCAGACCCCACCUCAUCCGAAACCCAACCCUUACUCCUCCCCAGCUUCAUUCCCCUUCCACAGUCCAUCUCAAUCCAUCCCGAUGGCGAGAGCGGCAGAAAUGGCUUUCACCCGACGCAUUUCGUCCAAGUGCUCUGGAAGAGCUCGAAUCAGGUCUCAAUGGCGGUCAAUUACCUCUGGCCCUUCUCCUUCCUAGCCAUCAUUAUGCAUUUUGCAACAACAGACCUCGAUCUUUGGGUCUUCGCCGUCAGCUACAUUGGCAUGAUCCCAGCCGCGAACCUGCUUGGAUUCGCCGGCCAGGAGUUCGCGCGGAAGAUGCCUAAAGUUUCUGGGAUUCUGAUCGAAACUACCUUUGGAUCAGUCGUCGAGAUCGUGCUGUUUUUGAUUCUGAUCAUCAAGCACAAAGCCAGCUCCGGCGAAGGGGCUGCGGAGAACGGAAAUCUCAUUCCCAUCAUCCAAGCUGCCAUUCUUGGAUCCAUCCUGACCAAUUUGCUGUUAUGUUUGGGACUGUGUUUUGUCGUUGGUGGUAUCCGCUUGCACGUCCAGAAGUUUCACGCGGCUGUCAGCGAGGUGGGCAACGGGCUUCUCUUGGUAGCUAGCUUUGGACUCUUGAUCCCGAGUGCAUUUUAUUCGGCUUUGAAGGGCUCCACGGUUCCUCAAUCGGAACCUCACGGGCACCAUAGCUUCACGGACAAGAAGCUAGAGCACGAUAUCCUCGGGAUUAGUCGGAUUACUUCCAUUCUUCUGAUUAUUGCGUUUGCCAUGUACAUCUGGUAUAACGCUGUAACCAACCACAGCAUUUUCGAUGAGGUUCUCGAGCAAGAUGAGCACAAUGAUCUCGACCGCCACGACGAUCUGGCUAAGCCCAAAUUUACUUUUACCGAGUGCGGCAUUGCUAUCACCGGCUCCGUUAUUCUGGUCACGAUCCUUGUUAUUCUUCUAGUAAACCGUAUCGAGGAUGUUGUCGAAGCAGGCAUCCCAGAUCAAUUCCUCGGCUUGAUUCUCCUUCCUCUAGUUGAGAAGGCUGCAGAGCAUCUGACUGCAAUUGACGAAGCCUGGGACGGCCAAAUGAACUUUGCCUUAUACCAUUGCCUUGGUCCUUCCGUCCAGACUGCCCUGUUCAACGCCCCGCUCGUUGUGGUUAUUGGAUGGGUAUUGGAUAAGCCCAUGGAUCUCAAUUUCGAAAUCUUCAUGAUCGUGCUACUCGUGUUGUCAAUCGUUGUCGUCGGCAAUUUCCUUCGCGACGGGGAGUCCAAUGUGCUCGAAGGUGGCCUAUUAGUUAUUGUGUAUUGCAUAUUGUCAGUCGCAGCAUGGUAUUAUCCAGACCCAGAUGUUGCCACGUCAAAUGGGCUGGAGUCGGCCUUGAGGUCGGCAAAAUUUUGA